AAUAGAUAAAAAAUUCGCAACAUAAAUAAUGGAAAGAAAUCAAAAUGAUGUGAAUCAGUCACAAAAUCCCUCAACAACAACUCAUCUCAAUAGCGAACAACUUCAACAGCAGCAACAAACACAACAACAGCAUACGCAUCAUCAUGAAAUGAAUGAAGUGGAACUAGAGGUUCAACAACAUUUAAAUGAAGAGGUCGAAGCGGCCAACUAUGAAACUGUAUACGUUAUAGAAGAUGUUGGCUCAGAUGUAUCCGCUAGUCGAGCACAUUUUGUGCCACUGACGGCUGAAUAUACAACAGAUUCAACAAAUGCCAGUACAUCGCAGGCCACAGUCACAACAUCAACAGAGCCACAGCCUCAACAGCUGAGUCGUCACUAUUAUCCGCGUCAUCAUUAUCAUCAUCAUCACCACCAUCAUCAUCAGCAUCAACCGUAUCAGCGGCAAUAUGCUUGCAGUUCUUCGCCAUCGGCCUUUGUGGCUGAAUAUGAAGCGGAUAAUGGUGACUAUCAGCGACCACAACGUCCGUAUGGCGGUCAUGUGCAUCAUCAUCAAAUGGCUUUAACAUGUCGGCCACAUUAUCAUCAUAUAGCGCAGCAACAACAGCAUCAGCAGCCUCCGCCGCAGCAGUCACAACAACAACAACAGCAACAACAUCCCCAUCUUCAUCAAAGAGAACAAAUUGCGAGACCAAUAGCUCCACUAGUACGUUUAGCUGAACGUUCAUUUAAUAGCCCCCUGGCGGUGGAAUUUAGCCAAGGUCAUCAUCCUCAUCAUGGUCCGCAUCCACAUGCACACCCUCAUCCUCAUCCUCAGCACCAUCAUCAUCAAUAUAAUCCCGAGGAGUAUGCUGGUUUUUAUAUGGUCCCUUUACAACAGGCCACACAAUCGUGCAAUUGUAGUUCUACUAGCAAUGCAACUACUCCGCCGAGAACGUGUGAAUCUUGUAUUUGUCCAACUACUGCCAGCGAACAACAGCAACAACAACAGACUGAAAGAUCAAUGACUGCAGAAAUUCAUCCCACCUCCAGCACAAAUAUCAUUUUUAAUACUCAAGCCGCCGCCACCAACACCGAAAGGGAAAGGGAAAGAGACAGGGAUGAAGCCAGACGACAUUAUGAUGAGGUGGCUGCCUCAGCAUAUUCUGCCCAGCUGAAUGAAGAUACCACUAAUCUCCACCUCCGGGAUGAAGAUGAGGUGGCCUCUACUACCUCUAACUCUAUGAAUACUUUGCCUACCGAAGAGCUGGAAUCAUGUAGAGGUUCACCAUUUUCGCUAGUAAUGCCAGCACCGCCAAAUAAUCAUGAUGAAGUGUCCUCUGCUUCAGAAGCUGAACAUGUACAAUUUGCCCACACGCGUACCACAAACACCACCACUACCACGUCUGCGGCUGCCAUGAAGAAGCACAAGUCCACUACCACAAAUGUGGUGGGAUCAUCGCCCACCUCAACCUCGUCUUCGUCACAGGUUUCUUCAAAUCAUGCCGGCAGUGGUGCCGCUAGUGAUGUUGGUAGUGGUGUUAGUGCAGAGGCAGCAGCUGGCUCUUCGAGCUCCCGAUCAUCUAGCUCCAGGAACAAUUAUGUGGUAGAUUUAGUAGAGUCUACCACAUCUAGUAAUUCUUUUAGACGUCUAAGCGAUGACCAACCUUCCACUUCGCAUCGAUUACGUUUACGAGAUGCCGAGUACAAUGGCCGCUAUUGGCAAAAUUUCGAUGAGGAAACUUACGAUCAACCCACAGUGGCUUGGAAUUUACACAAAUCUUCAGCUUCCACCCAACAUUCAGAGACAAGUCAAACCAAUGCGAACAACGGCGAGGAGAGCACUUCGAGUUCGCCUACAUUAAAUCGUUUUCAUUUGCGUUACACUCGUACAGAAGACCGAAAUCGAGGAGUCGAAGAAGAGGAGGAACCAAGAUCUUCGAAAGUUCAACGACUUAAUACAAAUCAUUCGGGCGCAGUACACAACGAUAAUGCGCCCGUAAUGCCGCCAGCAUUACAACGCGAUCAUCAAACCACUAUUAAUUCGAAUGGUUCAUAUGUUAUCACGUAUGCGGGACAUCAAUCGCCUCCUCCUCCACCUCCCCCCUUGCCGCAUCGCAGAAGAAGACUAGAAACCAUAACCUCAUCUGAUCAAGCCCAAAAUUUUGUUAUGUCUGAUCACUCCCAAGAUCAGCUACAAACAGUGAGUGAGGUAAAUGUACAGCCCUCUACGUCUCGGGGAAGAACUGGUGGAGGUGUGGUAACGAAUAACAAAACGAAAUGUACUGAAAUAAAUAUUAAACCGCCAGUGGUACUGACUGCUCCGGAUCUGCAAUUAGAUUGGCUCUCAGAUGCUACCACCACUACAACAGAUGGCGAAGAUGAUGAAGUGGUAUUUGUGCAUUCCAGCCGUGAACCCAUACUCUCCAUAGACUUAACAGCCGACGAUGAAUCAGCAUUAUCUUUAGAAAUGUCCUCAAUCAUCGAACAGGCUACUUCGUCUACAACAAAUCACCAUCAUAAUCACGGUCAUCAUAAUGCUAUACCAACAGCCCAACCAACAGAACAUCCGUUACCACCAACUGCAUUACCAAAUCCUCGACUAACACCUACGCAAGUAGGCGAUGACUGGUAUGGGGUGGAAUCUCUAUUCAUUCCUCCCUCUGUGGUUCUAUCGCCCAACAAUGAUUCUUAUAGUCUUGCACAGGGACCUUCCUCUUCCACUCUACCAGCCAGCGAGCCACAAAGAGCCCACCAGUCUACCUCGGGUUAUCCCGUGUUUCCAUUUCAUGCAACUGAAGGCUCAACCCCAAUAAAUUCCCGUCUUUGGCCAGAUCCCUGUAUAGACUGCUUCAUGCCUGAACAAAACAACGAAAGCGGCGAAAGGGCUGUCGGUAGCAGACAACCAAAUCCAAAUGCAGCUAUAAGUUCUUCUGCUGAACCCUCAGCUUCUGGCAAUCUGGCCAUGGCACCACAUUGCCACAGUACAACAUCGAAUACGGGUUUGGCACGUUUGCGUUCGGUGUGGCGUUCGUAUUUAACCGAAAUUCCACCCUCUUCAGCAGCCAUACCCAAUCCUAUGGUACCCUCAACUCUGCCGCCCAUACCCAACUCACCGCCACCCAUAUUUAUAGUAAAUCCCUAUGCUGUAACGGAACACAAUCCUACACACUACAACAAUACGGCCAGUAUGCCACCAGUACCCUCUCUCGGUUUAGUGGGAGUAAUAAAUCCAAAUACUAAUGUUCCACCACCUACACCUCUCUAUUUAUCGCAUACUCUGCAAAGUGAUCAAAAUCCCCGGCAAAUGAAUCCUCCGCCCACACAUUUGUCUAUGUCGCCUGGCUCUACCACACCGAACGCCAAUCAAUAUCAUGCUCAUCCCAUGUAUCAUCACUCGCAUGCACACUCGACUACACGUCCCCAUGACAAUCACAACAUUAUAACACACAAUCAUCAUGGCCACACGCAUGGCAUGCCACACAACCACGGUCUGCCACAUACACACACUCAUACAUUCCGUACGGCUUCGGGUGGACAUGGACCACCACCACCACCCUAUUUGGUUCAUCAGAAUCUAUGGUUAAGGCAACACAAUGUCCAGGAGAUACACCGACGUCAUAUGACGCCAACGCCCAUCGACUUGUCAUCGAAUCCUUUGAAUUUAACCAGUAGCUUUCGUACAAGAUUCCAACAAUUGCCCAAUGUUUGUUCUUGUGUUCACGGUCGCAAUGGGCCGGUAUCAAGUUUGGAUCCUGCCUAUUACCCCUAUGAUUCCCGACCUCAGCCACAAAAUCGCCGAUGCCCGGUGUUACGCAGACCUGCCGUUCACCAUCAUAUGUUCCAUCAUUAUUCGCCAGUACAUGUGGAAAUUGAUUUAUCUACACCACGCAUUGUUAUUGGUUCAUCUAUACGCCCACCAAGAGGAGCAACUUUGGAAAUUAUUGAACGCAACACGUUGCCUCACAAAUAUCGACGCGUUAGACGUCCCAGCGAAACGGAUGAGGAUGCUGAGAAAUGUGCCAUAUGUUUAUCGCUGUUUGAAAUUGAAAAUGAUGUGAGACGCUUACCUUGCAUGCAUUUAUUCCAUACCGACUGUGUGGACCAAUGGCUGGUGACCAAUAAGCACUGUCCCAUUUGUCGUGUCGACAUUGAGACCCACUUAAAUAAAGACGCUAUUAUAGCAACAUCGAGUGGUAAUGCUGAAAAUGGCACAAAUAGUGGUUGGUGGCAACCUACGGCUGAUUGUUAAACAGGGUUUGUGUCUAAUACAAAAAAAAAAGAAAAAAAAUAAUUCAAAUUAAACAUAACAACAUAUUAGUGUUCCUUAACAAACAAAAAAACAAAACAAAAAUUAUAUUUCUAUUUAACAGAAAGUAAACAAAGUUAUAAGCAUAAUGCAUAAUAAUUAGUAAAUAUUAAUAAGUGUUUAUACAUACAAUAAUAUAUUUAUAUAAAUUAAAUUAAAUGAAGAAAGAAAACAAAUUA